UGGCCCAUGCCCCCCAUGUGCCGGCCUCUGUUUACAAAACUCGUGGGCGCGUAUCGUAUGGCGUGACAUGAGUGGCAACCCAUCCAAUCCAUACAGCACUACAGUCGAGUUGACUAGUGUAGAUUUGCUCCAUCUCCAGCUCCGGCUCCCAGAUCGAGACGGCGGCGGCGGCGGCGAUGGGCGCGCACCCUUACGUGCCGGCGAGCCUGGACCUCCCGGGCUACGUGCCGCUGCGCCUCACCCAGCUCGAGAUCCUGGGGACCUACCUCGGCACCUCCCUCUUCGUCCUCGUCGCCGUCUGGCUCCUCUCCGGGAGAUGCCGCAGGUUGUCCGGGACCGACCGCCUGCUCAUGUGCUGGUGGGCGUUCACCGGCCUCACCCACAUACUCAUCGAGGGGCCCUUCGUCUUUACCCCCGAUUUCUUCACCAAGACCAACCCCAACUUCUUCGACGAAGUCUGGAAGGAGUACAGCAAGGGUGACUCCAGGUACGUCGCCAGGGACACCGCCACCGUCACCGUCGAGGGAAUCACGGCCGUGCUGAAAGGCCCUGCCUCGCUGCUCGCAGUCUAUGCUAUCGCAUCGCGCAAGUCCUACAGCCACAUCCUCCAGUUCGCCGUAUGCCUCGGUCAGCUCUACGGAUGCAUCGUCUACUUCACCACCGCCUACUUGGACGGCUUCAACUUCUGGGCCAGCCCGUUCUACUUCUGGGCAUAUUUCAUCGGCGCAAACAGUUCGUGGAUUGUGAUACCGUUGCUGAUCGCCACGAGGAGCUGGAAGAAGAUCUGUGCGGCGGUUCAUCAAAGCGAGAAGGUCAAGACUAAAUAAUUUCCGCAAUAGACCAGACAGGGUUUGGUUGAAACCAGGACACGCUGAAAUUCUUGUUUUACCACCAGAAAUUUGCUUACUUAAAUCGGCUGUGUGCAUCAUAGUUAUGCAGAGGCCGGGUGUAAUGCUUAAACCUUUUAAGUAAUAAAGCGCCCCUUUUUGAAAAA